AUGAGCAAUGCUGACACUGAGCUUAGUCCUGGGGACACAGAUAUUAAUGAUACCAUCUGUGUCUUCAAGGAAUUCCAGUCUAAUGUGAGAGACCAAUAUUUAAGCUUUCUUUUGCAUGUCUUUUGUCAGACACCAUUUUACACUCUUGAAAAUUCACAGUGGAGCUUGUGGCCAGAAAUACCCCAUGACUUGAUUGCAAAGUACAAAGGAUUAUUGACCUGGUUGGAAAAAUACUGGUUACCUUUCUUCUGUAAAACCAACUUGUGUUUCCAUUACAUUCUCUGUCAGGAGUUCAUCAGUUUCGUUAAGUCCCCAGAAGGAGCCAACAUGAUGAGAUGGAAAAAGGCAGACCAGUGGCUACUCCAGAAAUGCAUUGGCAGGGUCAGAGGGAAGUGGCGCUUCUGUACCUACCUCAAGGGCAGUGCAGGUGAAGAGCUGGUGGAUUUCUGGAUUCUUGCUGAGAAGAUCCUGAGCAUAGAUGUGAUGGACAUGGAAGUGAGAGACUACUACCUGCCCCUCCUCUUCAUGCUGAAGGCCACCCAUCUGCUGGAAAGCUUGCGGAUGGUGACUCUCUGCAACAUGAACAUCAAGGCCCUUCUGAACCUUUCUAUCUGGCAUCCCAACCAGUCAACCACAAGGAGGGAGAUCCUGAGCCACAUGCAAAAAGUGGCUCUGUUCAAACUCCAGAGCUAUUGGCUCCCACAUUUUUACACCCACGCUAAGACGAUCAUGGCCAAGGAGGAAUCGUGCCAGGCUCUGAUGCAGGAAUACGAGACUCGCUUGUACAGUAUCCGCUAUACCCACGAAGGAGGGCUACCCCUGAGUAUGAGCAUCAAGAAGGGCCACCACCCCCAGAAGCGGUACUCGAGCAGGAAGGCCAAGGGGAAGAUGUGGCAGUUGAUAGACCAUGGUUCUUGGUCUCUGGAAGUGGAUAUCAAUCCAGAUACCAACACUUUGCUCCCCCAGGAGCUGUUUCCUCAAGGCAAGUUGGUUAUACAAAUGCCUUCCCCAAAAGAGACCUCUUCAAAGGAGAGAAUCCUCAGUUCUCAGGAAAAGGAUAUUCUCUGUGCCAAGAAGUCCAACGUGAAGAAGAAAGCCAAGAGCCACCUCCACAUGGAGGGCCUCAUUGAGACAUCAUUCUCUACCCACCUGAGGACUCUCACCCCCGUCAUCAAUUACUCCCCUCACAUGACAAUUAAGAAGGCCGUGAAGCAAAACCUCUCCUUGGGGUACACCCACUGGGCCUUGUGUGCUGAUGCCUAUGCAGGGAGUCCCUUUCGGAACCACCUGAAGAAGCAAAAUUUGAAAGUGGAGGUCCAACUCCUGGACCUCGGGCAGGACCUGCACCAUUUCCUCAGUGUCCUGAUGAGUAACAGGAAGACCGGGAAAGGCAUCUUUCGGCACAUGCUGGGCAACCGGAUCUGUGAGCUCUACCUGAAUGAGCAGAUUGGUCUACGCCUACCACUAAAAUCCCAAACCAUCAAAGGCCUGAAGGAGCUGCUGCCGUCUGGGGAUGUGAACCCCUGGAUUCCCAGAGCCCAGAAGGAGAUCUGCAAGAUGCUUAGCCCCUUGUAUGCUGAAUUCCUGGAUGAAGAGAACUAUUGGUUUCUCAUUUUUACAACUCAGAGCAGGCUCACCAGAACCAGGUGGCAUCAAAGAGAACCUAUAAGCAAAGAAGAGACUAUUCUUCCUUAUAAGAGAUUUGAGGAAUCUCUGGAGUUAAGCCAGGGUUUGGCUAACAUGGAAGAAAUGGAAUCUAUGCAGUGGCAAAAGAUAACUACUGAGGAUUUGAAGCAAGGCAGGUCUCUCUGGCUAGAAAGGAAGUCUCCAGUGUCUCUGGCAAACAUAGAGAAAAUGUCCUUUGAGGAACUCUGCUGUAAGUAUCCAAAGGAGGCCAUAGAGAAGACCAGUGAUGACUACAAAAUAUAUUGUGAAAAAGGACCUCAAAAAGAGACAUUGAGGUUAAGGAAGGUUAAGGAAGUUGAUCCAAAUUACCCAGUUAAGAGAGUCUGGCUAAAGAUGAUCAGCUUUAUCAAGAGCUUUUGUAAGUAUCACAGAUUUAUGUCUAAUUCCCAUAAGCUCCAAGAAUUUGAAAACUAUCUUUACCAUGAAGUACACAAUAACAAGGAAAUUUUGAGUUGUGAGAAAUCAGAAUUCCGUCAGGUAAAAGGCAAUCACUUGUUCCUGGAGAAGCAGCUGGUGACGACAUGA